AUGCGUCUAUAUUGCUUGUGCUUCAACAUCGCGGGGCUGCAGUCGUUCGCCAGUACGCUAGCCCACACGGGCAACUAUCCUCCCGGGCUGGACCUAGCCUGCAAGCGCGUGGCCGUCAUCGGCGCCGGGUCGUCGGCCAUCCAGGUAGUGCCGACGGUGCAGCCGGUCGUCAAGUCGCUGGUCAACUUCUUCGUCGGCCGCCUGGACCCCGGCGGCCGCGCCACCGUGUAUACAGAGCAGCAGAAGCAGCAGUUCCGCGACGACCCCGCCGUGCUGCUCGCCUACCGCCGCGAGGUCGACCACGAGCUCAACUCGCGCUUCCCCAACUUCUACAAGGGAUCGCCGCAGCAGCAGGCCAGCCGCGACAUUGUCGAGAAGAGCAUGCGCGAGCGCCUGUACAAGAUGGCCCCGGUCCUGCGCGAGCAGCUGGUGCCCAAGCUCGACGUCGGCUGCAAGCGAGUCACGCUCGGCGAGGGCUACCUCGAGGCGCUGCAGGAGGCCAACGUAGAGCUAGUGCGCGACGGCAUCGCCGAGGUGACGGCCACGGGCGUCGUCACGGCUAGCGACAAGACGUACGAGGUCGACAUCAUCAUCGCGGCCACGAGCUACGACACGUCGUACGUGCCCGCGUUCGCCGUCACGGGCCGCGCCGGCGUCGACCUCGGCCAGACGUGGGCCAAGACGGGCGCCGAGGCGUAUUUCACGUGCGCCGUGCCCGACAUGCCGAACUACUUUAAUGCGUUGCUAAUGCCGUCCAUCGAGGCCUGGUGCAAGGGCGGCACCGUCACCGGCCGCAUCGCCGGCCCCUGGCCCGGCUCCUUCAACCACUUCCUCGAGUCGGUCCGCUCCCCGCGCUUCCAGGACUUUGAGUUCACGUACCGCUCUAAGAACCACUUCGCGUAUUUAGGUAAUAGCCUGACGUUGAGAGAUAUUAAGAAGGAGGACCUAGGAUAG